CUACUUCUCUGCUUUGUCGAUUGAGAUUCGAGAGUCGAGAGAGGGAGAAAGUGUGUGGAGCUUGGUUGUUGUUGCUUGUUGGGGAGCGCUAUUUUGAUUUUUAGUGUUUGUUGGGAAAGAGAAAGGAAUGUAAAGACAAAAGUCAGCCUGACGAAUCGGAUUUUUUUUCAAUUUUUAAAGCUUUUGAGGUUCGAUUCGAUCGAUAGGGGGUUAGAUAAGGCAUCGCUUGUUGAAGAGUUGAUCUUUUCUUUUGGUUCGAUCGUGCUUAGAUCUGGUGUAAUCUGGCGAAGAAUAUGUUCUGUUUUCACAUCGAUCUCUCUUUGGUGAAUCAGAAUUUGAUAUCUUGUCAACACUUUAGGCUUCGUUCUUUGAUUCCAUCGUGAUUUGGCUUGGUUUGGUGAAUUCUGAAGUUUUUUGACUAAGAAGAGAAGCUGACAUUGAAGGGAAGGGAAGAAGAAUCGGCUCCUGGAAAUUGAAAUUGGGAUACUUUUUGGUUUCACGGAAAUCGAAGGUUGAUCAUCGUUGGUGCAAUUGGAUCGGAAGUAUGUAUAUUGAGGAAUUGAAGAAAGGGGAGCUGGAAACUGGAGAUGAAGCGUCGGUUGCUGAUGUUCCCCGUCGCGGAAUUGCUUUUUUGGAUGCGAAAAGGUCUUUGAUUGGUGUAGGAGGUCGUGCUCUUUUCUACCCAACUCUGCUGUAUAACGUUGUCCGGAACAAGAUUCAGUCGGAGUUUCGUUGGUGGGAUGGGGUUGAUGAGUUUAUAUUGCUAGGGGCUGUUCCAUUUCCUGCGGAUGUGCCCCGCCUGAAGCAACUUGGUGUUUGUGGAGUGAUCACGCUGAACGAGCCAUACGAGACAUUGGUUCCCUCUUCACUGUAUCAUGCUCAUGGAAUUGAACAUUUGGUGAUUCCUACUAGAGAUUACCUUUUUGCUCCAUCGUUGGGAGAUAUAUGCCAAGCUGUAGACUUCAUACAUGAGAAUGCUUCAUGUGGGAAAACGACAUAUGUUCACUGUAAAGCAGGCCGGGGACGUAGUACAACUAUUGUUCUUUGUUAUCUGGUGCAGCACAAGGAGAUGACACCUGAUGCUGCAUUUGAAUACGUGAGAUCUAUUAGACCGAGGGUGCUUUUGGCAUCUUCACAGUGGAAGGCUGUUCAAGAGUACUACCGUCUCCGGGUGAAGAGUGCCUGUGUUCCUAGCUUCUUGUACAAUCCAAUUGUGAAAGCAUUACCUUCCCCAGUGGCAACAAAGGACCUUGUAGCCUUUGAUGACAGCUCUGUAGUAAUAAUAACCAAAGCUGACCUUGAUGGAUAUGAUGCAAGCUGCGACUCUUGUAUUGUUGGCAAUGAGGUAUGGGCCGAGCUGAGCCUGGUCUAUAGGGUUCAGUUUGCUGGCCAAGGAGCCCUGGCAAGGCUUUCAUGUCUGUGGCUUUGCUGCCACGCACGACAGAAAAUAUCAGGUGAGAAGCUCAGCAGGGAAAGCAGCUGCUCUGUCGGGGCCGACAAUUUGCAAGGGGUUGGUGUAGACAUUCAUGUUUAUUGAGUUGCUUGCUGCUAUGCUGGUGAAGGUGUACUUAGAUUUCAUAGGUCUUUUUCUUUUGGGAGCAGGGUCUUGGCACGUUCUCACCUGGAAGUAAAAUAGCACGCCCUACAUUAACUGUCAUGUAGCAGUUUAGGUGGGGCUGAAGUUUUGUGUAUAGAUGGACCCCAAGGUCUUAUGCUCACUUGUCAAGUUCAAGUCGAGCCCGAGUUUGUCAAACGGCAAAAAAAAGGUAUUGACUACCUAUGGACUACAGUGGGGUGUGGACGUUAUGUCUUCAUACAAGGGAUCUGGCUCUACUUCUUAGUGGUGAUCGCCUAGGUUGGUCCAUGGUUACCUGGGCGAUUGUUAUGUAUUUAGACGAUGAUCCAAUGGCGCCCAAUGAGGCACGGAGAAUAAGGCAUUGGGCACCAUAUGAUCGUUGCCUAGAUAUAUGGUGAUCGUCCAGGUAGCUAUGGGCAAGACCUGAGCGAUCAGGUGUCAAAUCCUCGAUCCUCGUACAAGAGGAUACAUUGUUUCCAGUAUGAAAUUUGACGUCGUAAAUUUUCAGAUCACCCUUCUGCAUGGCAAAAUAUACACAGGGCGUAUUGAUCUGCUUCCGGGUGAAGGCGUGCUUGAAUCUCUCCCCUUUUUCUUCGUUUUUUGUUCUCUCCUGAAGGUUGGUGUAAUUAUAAGAUGGGCAAAUAAUAAAGAAGUCCUUUUUUUGUA